AUGCCCCCACCCGAAUCUUCGUCUCCAUCCCCCACCCACGUGCACAACAAUUCCAACGUCAUUGCUGGAGAUGCAAAAGAGGUGUCCGUCUCCUCCUCUUUAUCAAACGCUUCAAUUGGAUGGCAGCUAGACGUGCGGUCCGUAAGCGUGAUCUUCCUGGUAAGCACGACGCUACUAGGCCUGACGCUGCACUCUCUCGUACUCUCUGCACUGCUCGACUCCGAGUGGGAAGCGCUGCAAUUGCCCACGUCGCUAGGGGCGGCCCAAGCACUAGGCCAGACGUUGCAGAGCUUCUCCGAGCGCCAACGAGGGGCGCUCGUACUCGCCCAUAUGACGUCGUACCUCUACCUGCAGACCUUUGCCAUUCCUGGCACGGUCUUUCUGAACCUCUUAGGUGGUGCCUUGUUCGGUGUCGCGCUGGGCUUUCCGCUCUGUUUGGCGUGCAACACACUGGGCUCCGUGCUGAUGUUCCUGCUGUCGCGCCGCUUCGGGCGCCGCGUUGUCAUGCGCUUCUUCCCGUGCAAACUUGACGUGCUGCGUGGGAUGCUGGAGGCGCACCGGGACGACAUGGCGCUCUACAUGGUCUUCCUGCGCGUGUUUCCGUUCACGCCCAAUUGGUUUAUUAACCUCGCGUCGCCGCAUUUGGCCAUUCCGCUCCGCCAGUUUAUGCUGGGCCCGCUCUUUGGACUCAUCCCGUACAACUUUCUGAGCUGCAAGGCCGGUCUGAUCUUGCGGGAGUUGCGAUCGCGCACCGACAUCAUCGAUACGGCCACGACGGUGCAGCUUGUGGUGGUGGCAACCGUGGGUGGCCUUGUGCUACCUAGGUUGAAGAAACGCUUUGCCACGAAAUCAGAUGCUGCAACAACUUUGGCGCCAGUAAAGCAAGAGUAG